UUGUGGAAUUUGCAAGAAGAAUCAUGAUCAACACCUACUGUUACUGUGUGACACUUGUAAACUCCAUUAUCAUCUUGGUUGUCUGGAUCCACCUCUUACAAGGAUGCCCAGGAAGACCAAGAACAGUUACUGGCAGUGCUCAGAGUGUGACCAGGCAGGUAGCAGUGACAUGGAAGCUGAUAUUGCCAUGGAAACCUUACCAGAUGGGACCAAAAGAUCACGGAGGCAGAUUAAGGAACCAGUGAAAUUUGUUCCUCAGGAUGUGCCACCAGAACCGAAGAAAAUUCCAAUCAGAAAUACGGUAAAUAAUAGCUGCGUUACUGUUAUAUGGCUUUAUAUUCAUAAUAGUUUUGUUUAAAAUAACUUAUC